UGAAGUCCAGGAUUUCAUCUGCUGGUUUCAGUCGACCUUCCUGACGUCCAGCUGAGUUUCCUCUGCUCUGACCUGAAAGGUUUUCUGGCUGCAGCAGCAGAAAAUGGAAAUCCUGCAGCCUCUGAUCUUCCUCGCCAUCCUCAUCCUCACCAAGCAGCUGGAGGUGAAGGAUGAGACGGCGACCCAACGCCCACUGGGAGGACUGGGAGGACUGGGGAACUGCUCUGGACCCUGCAGCAGGUUGGAGGAAAAUCCAGUGAGACGAGACGAACGAAGAAACUCGGAUUAUUUCUUUACGAACAGGAAGAGUUCUGGUUCCGUCUGGGUCCAUUUGAACAACCAGCUGAGCUCAGCGUUUCUGACUCCCGUUAAUAAAACAUCUGAUGAAGGGCAGAGAGAAGCUGGAAGAACAGAUCCUCAGGAUGAAGCCGACCCGGUUUCCAGAACUCCCAGAGCCGCCCCCAGCCCCGAUGACCCCCUGGUCCAGUUUGACCAGCAGCAGAUCGUCAUGCUAGCAGACGAUGAGGUGGUGAGAACAGCUGCAGCUUCUCUCUACCACAAACAUCCAGCAGUCAGUUCGCUUCACGCCGUCCGUCGCCAGCACCGAGUCCGGCAGGUCAAAGGUCAGGCGGCGCCUCUGUCGGAACGCAGCAGCCUGGUUCUGGUGGGUCACGGAGCCAGAGAGCCUUCAGGAGAGAUGAGGAUAUCGGGGUACAGCUACCAGGACGUGGCCAGGAUCAUCCAGAGCAGCUCCAGGAUCGGCCAGAAGAUCCAAACCACCGCGGUGGUGGCCUGUGGCGCCGGAUCGGACCGCCGCUUCCCACAAGCUCUGCUGCAGACGCUGCACCGAGCCGGCCUGGAGACGGAGCUGCACCUGUGGGAGACCGCCGUCCAGGUGGCGGAGACGGGAGACGUCCUGAGUCAGGACGGAGCGCGGUGGAGAUCUGGAGAUCACAGCAAGAAGCUGGUUCUGACUGUCGGCCGGACCGGAGAGAUCAGGAGGAGGGACGACCGCCGCCACUGCACCGGCCAGGAAGUGGAUUCCACCGACAGAGGGAUUCUGGGUAAAGGCGGCAAAGAUGGAGGGAAACAGAAAGAUAAGAAGAGAGGCGAAGAGGAAGAAGGUGAUUCAGAAGAGCAAAUAUCCAUCUACAGGCGAAGCUUUCCUGACAAACCACAGAGAUUCAUAAAUGUUGACGUUUAUAAGCAGAUCGACCAAAAUGUUGAAACGGUGAAAAAAGCAUUCUGGGAACUAGAAAGUGUGACGUGGGGUUUGUUUUAUUCUAAACCAGAACUACAGAAAGUUGAUGUUGACCAUGACCAAAUAAAUGGGGGAUUUACGUUCAUAUUAAGAAAGAAAACUCCAGGAAACAAUAGAUGGAUAAAUGAUCAAAACGAACUUAGAAAACAUCUCGAUGCCUGUUACGUCAUUAGAUCAGGAAGCGACAUCCGAAACAUAAUCCGUUAUUUUGCAGACCAUGGAGAGGAUAAAAUUACAUACCUGAUGGUUAAUGACUGGAUAUUUGAAGUUAAUCUGAAGGAUUUAUAUGUUUAUCCAGCAGGAAAACGACUUACAGCCGAAGAAAACAAAGAAAACAAGGACCAAAUUAAAGCUUGGAUCGAUUUACGGGACAGAGGAAUAGAAAGCUAUCAAGGCAUAAAGUCAAAUAUUCCAGAUGAGGGAAAGAAAACUUAUGUUUUUUAUGUUAAAUGUAUAUUUGGGCUGCAGACCUUAAAACAAAACCCUUCUAAGACGGAGAUGUUUCUCACCUGGUACUUCACGGCUUCCGUCAUCAGCGAAUCUGCCAGAAACUUCCGGACUUUUCCUCUGACACUUAUGGCUCUGGAUAUGAGUGAUAAAGAUAUUUUAUUUAAUCGCCACCCGAUGGCUUAUGGAGGAACCUGGAUUGAUCCACAGAAGCGAGGAUUUGAGGGCGCAGCCGAAGGAGACUCGGAAAAACUCAAAGAAGUCCUGGGAAGGGAAUACGCCAUUUUUAAACAAUGGGCUGAAGCUAAAAAGAAGUAUGACUCUAAAGAGAGUCUUCUGUAUUUUACAGCGGCUCUUAUUGCAGAAUAUGAAAUAUUCCCAGAUGAUAAGAAGUUUAUGGAAGGUUACAACGAUUUCAAGGCAAAAACCAAAAUGUAGCUGAAAACAGCCCGUUUUCACCAGGAAGGUGCGUUAGGGCGACACCUGCAGGAUGGGAGGUGUAAUCUCUACAGAUUAUGUUUUCAAAUCAGUUUAAAAAUGAAACAGAUUAUAAUUUAGCUCUUUUAGUUCUGAGCAGAUGAUUCAUCACCUCACAUUUUAUCCCACUGAAAUAUGUAACCUGAUGGAAAUAUUCAUUAAAUCAGAAUAAAAAUGAUCAAGUUUAGUUUUUGUCACUCUAAUUUCU